GUCGAAGAUUUCUUCAUCAUAGCUGUAAAUCAUAUUAUUUCCGCCGGAAAACAAUUCCUAAUUUUCCCGAUCAGGCUCUCCGUUAUUUCUCUCAGUUCAAAAUCAUGAAGAAAUCGGGUAUUCUGGCCGCCGCAUACGUCGCCGCAGCUUCCGCCACCGCCGUCUCAUCUACUCCGUCGUCAAACUCUUCCAAGCCGCCCAGAUCUUGCGAGGAAGAUGCGUCGUCUUCGAACAAGAGAUUGGAAGGAUCUGGAUCUUCUUCUUCUUCAUCGGAGAAAUUCGCGCCUCGAUUCGAUGGAUUGAGAUUCAUUGAAACUCUCGUUACUGCACACAGAUAAAAUCAUCAAAUUCUAUAAGAUCGGACUAAUAUUUUGUUUCAUUUUAGAAUUUAUUAAAUUUGUAAUCGCAACUUUAUAUCAUUAUUUAGAUAUAU